CUUCGCGCAAGCUCCGCCCCCUUCAUCCUGGCUGUGUUUGUAUUCACAGCUUAAGUUCUACCAGAUUUUAUCAAUAAACAGAAUCCAAACCCGACGGGAGAUAACCGAGGGCAUCGACAUGGCCUUUCAGGGGUCUGAGGGACUGGAGGAGCAGAUCGAGGAGCCUGAAGACACGCUGAGAGUUUCGCCGGCGGAGGAAAUGCCCUUCGAUGGACCUCCGACAUCAGAGGAGCCGGAGCCGAUACUGUUGCCGUGGGACCGCUUCUCCACCUGGUUGCACUGCAUCUGCGUGGUCGGCUUCGAUCUGGAGCUCGGGCAAGCCGUUGAGGUGAUUUACCCUCACCAUUCAAAACUGACUGAAAAAGAGAAAACAAGUAUAUGCUACCUGUCAUUCCCUGACUCCAACUCAGGUUGUCUAGGCGACACACAGUUCUGCUUCCGUUUCCGACAGGCAACAGUGAGGAAGUCGUCGCUUGGAUGUUUCCUUGACCACUUUGAACGCGAUGCACCGGUCUGUCUCAAGAGAGAUCAGGGAUAUUACUACGGCUAUGUAUACUUCAGACAAGUACGGGACAAAUCACUGAAGAGGGGCUACUUUCAGAAGUCUCUGGUCCUCAUCAGUAAACUUCCAUACGUGACGUUUUUCCACUCGCUGCUGAAGCUCAUCGCACCAGAAUACUUUGAGAAACAAGAGCCGUGUUUAGAGGCCGCUUGCAAUGACAUCGACCGCUGGCCAACGCCAUGCCCUGGGAAGAUUCUUACACUCCCCAUCAUGGGCGUUGUCAUGAAGCUCCGCAUCCCCACAUGUUAUGACAAGCCUGGAACCUCACAGCUCAUUCAGUCCGCACCGAGUGACAGUCUGGUGUCCAUCGUUCUACCGACGGUUCAUGAAGUCGACCUCUUCAGGUGUUUCUAUCCAGUGUUCUUUCAUAUUCAGAUGUUAUGGGAGCUUGUGUUGCUAGGGGAAGCAUUGGUUGUCAUGGCACCAUCACCAGCAGAAUCUUCAGACACUGUGUUAGCAUUGGUCAGUUGUAUCUCUCCUCUGCGUUUCUGCAGUGACUUCCGGCCAUAUUUCACCAUUCAUGACAGUGAGUUUAAAGAAUACACCACUCGAACACAAGCACCGCCUUCAGUCAUUUUAGGAGUAACAAACCCGUUUUUCGCCAAAACUCUUCAGCACUGGCCGCACAUCAUCCGAAUAGGAGACAUGAAGCAAACAGGUGAAAUGGCCAAACAGAUGAAGGUGAAAAAACUGAAGAAUCUCAAGACUUUGGAUUCAAAACCUGGUGUGUACAGUGCGUAUAAACCUUUCCUGAGCAAAGAUGAGGACAUAAUUAAACAACUGCAGAAGGGAGUUCAGCAGAAGCGUCCCUCUGCGGCCCAAAAUGCAAUUCUGCGGCGAUAUUUCCUGGAGCUAACACAGAGUUUCAUCAUACCACUGGAGCGUUAUGUGGCGAGUCUAAUGCCUUUACAGAAGAGCAUCUGUCCUUGGAAAAGUCCUCCUCAGCUGCGGCCGUUCAUUCAGGAGGAGUUUAUGAAGACUCUAGAGAAAGCCGGACCUCAGCUGACCUCUCGACUCAAAGGAGACUGGAUCGGCCUGUACAGACAGUUCCUGGGGUCUCCAAACUUCGAUGGCUGGUUCAGGAACCGCAGGAAGGAGAUGACACAGAAGCUGGAAGCUCUUCAUCUAGAGGCGUUGUGUGAGGAAGAUCUACAGCUGAGGAUCCAGAAGCACACUGAGGUGGAGACUGUUGAUCUGGUGCUUAAACUGAAGGAGAAACUGACACAGGCUGAAAGAGAUCAUCUUCCUGUCAAAACAGGAACUCUGGUCAAACUACAGGCCCAUAUUGAGACGAUAAUCCUGUCGCUACCAGAAGACCUGCAAGGCAUCUUACACAAACCACCGAGUCCCUGAUGCUCUCACAACACUGAGACUGAGCAGACUGAGGCGUAUACAGGGUCAACAGACACAAACGCCCUCCAGUUCCACACACGAGUGACAGACUGCAUCAAGUGCACUUGAUUCUGGAACUCUAUGUGCCCUUGAAUGGACAAUGCUGGCAUUGCCAAAAAAAGACAAAGAAAUGGCAUGCGCACACUUUAUGGACAUUUUUGGUGUGUUUAUACUGUAAGUCUCACUGUGUGAGAUUGACAUUCACAAUGAUUUUAAACAUGAAGAUGCUUAUAAUGUUCUGAGCAUUUAAUCAAGACAGAGAAAACUGAAUUUGAAUGAUCGGCAUUGGAGAAGGAAAUAGGAAUUUCAUUUAAAUGGCUGUGAUGACACCAGUGUCCCUGUAGUCUCAACAUUUAUCUAAUGAGUCUAUUCUGGUGAAUCUAAUGAAACCUGUCAAGAACAUGUGUGGGUGAUAUUUCACCCCAAAAUCUGAAAAAAUAUAUAUUUUGCAUAAAGAUUCUUUAAUCAUUUUUGCAUUGUGAUAUUAUUUUCAUGAGUAUUAAACACAUUUUCACCAGAGUUUAUCAUUACAGAUUGUGCGAAAAUAUAUUAUUCUCAUUAUUAUAAUGCAGAAAAAAAAUUACACAAUGUGUUGUACUGUCUUUAUGCUGAUUUAAGUUUAAAAAAAAUUAUUUUCCACAGUAAUUCCAGAAAUGAGUCAUAACUGAGAAUAAUGGAAAUCAGGAAAAUGUAAAACGUCCAGAUUUGGUGGGAAAAUGUGCGUAGUUUUCAAGAAAAUAAUGUCAAUGCAAAAAAAAUGUACCUAAAAAAAUAGCCUUAAUUUUCUUUAUUUACUAUAUAUAUAUAUAUAUAGAUAUAUAGAUGGAUAGAUUUAUAUAUUGAUACAUUUCUUCCUUCUAUAUUUGUAUUAUAUAUGUCUACGUAAAUUAUUAUUAAUUUUUAUAUUAUUAUUUUAGGUGAAAUGUGACCUGGACAUUUUUUGUGAGAUUCAUCCAGUCAAAUGCAUUAUGAACCGUGAUAAUUGACAUGAAAUUGCAAUAAUAAGUGAUUUAUUGCACUUUUACAAGCACUAACACUACUAAACCAUUUGAUGUUGAUGUGCAUUUACCAUAAUUAAGGCAGAAAAAUGAAAUGUACAAUAUUUUAACAAAAAUACAGUAUUUUAUUUCUAAACUGACUAACUAUAAAUGGAAAACAACAAUUGCCUUUACCUUUCUUGACUAGCUUUAUUUUAACUCAUCAAAAGCUUAAAAUGAUAAAGAUGACAUAUUUACUGAAUGGUCAAUCACUGGUUAAACGGAAAGUACUAAUCUAGUCAUACUUGAAUAACUUCCAUGUGAUUUCCAAAUGUCCUGCAUUCAGCAGUCUUUCAGUGUCGUUGCAUUGAGGCAUGUGGUCUUCCCUCCUCUUUAACAUCACUUAUACACAGCGUUGUUCAGAAAAUGAUGAUGGUCUUUACUGUCUAUACAUAUUCUAUUCUUAAAUUACAGUGUUUCUUUUUUACCUAAAAGACAGGGAUGUAUUGCAUCUUGCGGUUUCUUUUUCCCCUUUCAUUCUGAUCUAUUUGUUUUGGUUGAUUUAAAAUGAUUUCAUGUCUCUUUUAGGACCAAGUGAUUAUUAUGGAUGGUGUGCUUAAUCUCCCGACAGAGUUUUAGAAUACUGUUCAAAUAAUUGUUUGACCUUUAGAAAGGCCUCUGUUAGUCUGCACUUUACCCGUCAAGUGUAUUGUGCAAGACAAUGCAGUUCUUAUUGUGUUCUGCAUCAAAUGUUCCCUUUUUUUUUUCUGAGUUGUCCUAUACAAACGACCAUAUUUCACACAAUGGAUCAUCACAAAUGCAUGCUCAAUAGAGUUUUACAUUUAAAGAUAGAAAUACAAGCUUUCCGUUGUGUGCACUAAGCUGCAGAGAUAAACUCGGAAGCCACCAAAGACCAUCACACUUUUCUAGUGUUUUCCAUUAUUAAUUUAGUGCAUUUGUUACAUAGAAUAAUGAUUCUGUCCAUGUCACAGCAGAGAAUUUAUGGAAAGCCUUACAUCAUGUAGUUCAAAUCGAGAUGUUUAUUUCCAUGACAUUAAUCUGGGCUUGUGACAACAGGCUAAUGCUGGUGCAGACCUGUGAUAACUGGUUGUUGCGUGUUUUAUAUUAAAGAACAAACCUAUUUUAACAUGCUUGAAUUUUAUAGAUGUAUAUUCUGAUAUUCAAAUACGAAAAUAGCAACUUGCUUUUGAGACGAUGCCCGUUUGUUAUACUGACUGAGAUUUUCUAACACCAGUAUUUUUGAUUCUGGUCAUUUCUAUUGGCUGUUAUUAUACAGGAUGUUUUAUUUGUUGCUGUGGUGAUUUUUUUAUUAUAAUAUAUAUUGGGAAAAAAAAAUAUAUAUAUAUAUAUAUAUAUAUAAUUUUUUUUCCCGUGCACCAAGUAACCAUGUACACAGAACCACAGUCAGCUGCAAUAAACAUGAACCACAAUAUUUUUCUAUCAAACCUAUAACCACUAAUGUUUUUUUUGUUUGUUUUUUUUUCUGCUAUCACGUUAUUUAAAAUAGCUAUUCUUAAGAAGUAUUCCAUUGUUAUGUUAUACAUGAAGAACUAGUGUGUGUGUGUGUGUAUAUAUAUAUAUAUAUAUAUAUAUAUAUAUAUAUAUUAUUUUUUUUAAUUGUUUUUUUUUUUAAAUAAAUGUCUUUGGGCUUAAAUUACAUUUCUUUUAUUAACAUACUGGUUUUAGUCCCAUCAUCUUUACUGGCAGUUAACAGUAGAGGCACCACAAUGAGUAAUUGCAAAUAAAUUAUCAAAUUAAUUGCAAUAAACUACAAUAAAAUAACUACUUUGUUAAAUUUGACUCAGCGGUAUUUGAUGAUCAUUUCCAUGACAUAAAAGAUGUUAUAUAUAUAUAAUUUUUUUCCCCAUUGGCACCCCUUACUUCUGCCAGCAUAUACUGUAUAUUGUCACUACAGUUAUUAUAACAACAAUAAAACUGGUAAAUUGGCAAUCAGCCACCACUAUCAUCAAAAAUAAUGAUUCCAUAGUCAUUUAUUUUUGAUUUUACAGUAACAAGAACUUUUAAAGGUGGUAUUUUGGUAUGGUUACCAAUGAAACUUUCAGUAAGGGACAUAAUCAGAAAGCAUGAUUUUCACAGGUGGGUAUAAAUAUACAAACAUUAUUAUUUUUUAAAUGCCAGUGCAUUUGUUGUGUUUACCUAUAAGUGUUAUGUGACCUGUCUGUCCUAAAUGAAAA